AUGAAUUCAUCAUACGAACCUCAACAACCUCCUCCACACCACUCCGAUCAACACCAUGUUGUUCACUCCCCUUCGGAAAUGAUUGAGACAAAUUCACUCAUGAUAGGCACUCCCUUGUCACCAUUAUCCAUUCAUUCCCAAUCACUUCCUCAUCAUGAGCCACCAUUAUUGAUAUCUGAAUCCAUGGAUGUCAACAACAACCCACCCUUCCUCACAAGCACCUCGACACCUCACAGCUGGAUUGGUUCUCCCUCUCAAAACUCCUCCGUCAUCGGUUUUCUCGAAAAAUUCAAUCAUCUUCUUCAUCAUGGUGACGAUAUAUGGAGUGAGGCUGCCAUGACCAAUGCCGAUUCGUUUUGCAUGACACAAAUAUCGACACCAAAUUCCAUACCAAAUCGGAAGAAGAACGAGUUGAUUGCAAGUCAUCAUCUCAUAAAUGAUGGAUCUGAUCCAACAUUAUGGGAAAAUUCAAGUGUGAUGACCACAACAACGAGUCAAACGGAUGCAAAUUCUUCAAUUCAUGUCAUGGUGUCAAACUCAAGUAUUCCAAAUGAUUCAUUGGUUGAUCAUUAUUCAAAAAAUAGUGUGUUAUUGGAGCCAUUAGAUUUACUAAAAUUGGGAAACAGUGAAAUUUGGAAAAUUUUUGAAUUUCUCAUUGGGGACGUGCAAAGAGCAAAAUCAGAAAUGAAUUCACAAUUUUAUUGGAAUAUCAUUCAUCAGCAUUUACAUGGACACGAGUCAGAACAUGAUGCAUUGUUGGCAUUAUUUAACGUAGUUCCUCCAAAAGAAAGUGUUCUUUCAUUGCGAUAUUUAUGUGAAAUGAAUAAGAGAACUGGAAAAAUAUUUUCGGUAAAUGUCACUCGUCAAGAUGGUGCUUUUUUCGAAUUUUGGAAACUUGUCUAUGUUCAUUUCGAAAAGAUUUUAUGUGUGUUUCGAAGUUUAAUUUUCACAAACAUGACUUUGGCAAUGGGAAGAAUUUCUUGGUAUGAAAGAGAACAAUUAGCGAAUAUGCAACGAUUGAUCGUAGCUCAUGAAAUGGGAACGGCUCAACCUUUGAAGGUAGGAGAAACAUUGGAACAAUUCGAUGAUCAAGUAGAAUUGAUUGAUCCUCCAGAUGAUGAAUUCUUCUCGUCAGAACAUUUACAAAAUGAAUUUUUACAAAAAUUUAAGAGAUUGGAAUUGACUCCACUCAAUGAACAAUUCAUCCUUCAACACCAUGAGGAUGGAAUGUUUAACUUGGCCAUUUUCAAAAUGUUACAAUUAAGCUUGAAAAUGUUUCGAGAUUUUGAUUUGGAUUUUAAAGAUUUGGCAUUACCAAAUAAUUUCAGAAAUUCCCAUGUGAGAUUUGAAAUGGAUAUUUUCAAUGAGAGAACAAGAAAACUCGGUUUCUGUAUGGAUUACAACUCUUCUUAUCAAUUUGAAGUCGAAUCUGAAGAUGAACAAGAUGAAUUGAUCAAAAAUCUUUCGAAAUUUGUCAUUCUUGAUCUUCGAGAUGUGACCAACUUUUCAAAAUAUUUAGAUUUCACGCUUCCUUCAGAAAUUCAAUUUCUCAACUUUUGCAGCUCCAUUCCAUAUAAUUACGAUUUAGGAAAUGUCAAAUUCUCAAAUGUGAAAUAUCUCAGAAUUAACAUUGAGGGAAGUCAUCAUGAAUGCGACGUUGGAGAAGAAAACCUUGUUGCUGACUAUGGACAUGAACCUGUAUUUAUCGAAGACACGACAAGUAUGUUUUUAACAGAAAUGCUUUCAACCAAAAGAUUUCCCAAUUUAAUUCAUUUGGUUUUGCGUGGAGCUCAAAGUUUAUCCUUUCUCGAAGAAGAAUCAGAGAGUGGUGUCCUUUCUCAAUUAUGGUUCUUGGAGUUGUUAAUCAAUGACGAUCAUAAUGGGUUUUAUGGAAGUUCACAAUGUGUCGAAACAUUAAGAAAGGUCACCAGCCGAAUGCCUCACUUGAAACAACUCGUUUUGAACGUCAAUUUGGAUGUCAGACGAUCGUCCGGUAUCGAUUAUGAAAAAUUGAAGGAUAUUUAUCGAAUUGGAAAUGGUAGAUUUACAGUAUCUGUGGGACGUGCCUCGAUUGCUCGAUUUUGUAAAUAUGCGUUUGCAAAUGUGUAUCAAAAAACCAUACAUUAG